GUUUCGUUUCCUGCAUGUCCAAUAUUGUGUCCAUGCCUCUUAAAUCCAGUAAGUGGCGGUAAUGCACUUUGCCAACCGCCAAUGAAACCCAAAAAAGAUGAAGAAGAAAACCUUCCGUUCCCUUAUUCACUCAAAUCAGACAUUUUUAAACAUAGUCAACCGUGUGGUGAGUUGAAAGUGCAGACAUGCGCGGGGUUGUGUUGUUAGCGGUGACGGUGCUUUCCCUUAGCCCGAUGAUGGUGUGCGGGUCCGAGAAGAAAAAACUGCAAAUCGGCAUCAAGAAGCGAGUGGACAACUGUCCCAUUAAGUCCAAGAAGGGAGAUGUGCUGAACAUGCACUACACGGGAAAACUGGAAGACGGCACCGAGUUUGACAGCAGCAUUCCCCGGGACAGACCUUUCACCUUCACGCUGGGCACCGGGCAGGUGAUUAAGGGUUGGGACCAAGGCCUACUCGGCAUGUGCGAGGGCGAGAAGAGGAAGCUGGUCAUCCCCGCGGAGCUCGGCUAUGGCGACCGGGGAGCUCCACCGAAGAUACCCGGAGGAGCGACGCUCAUCUUCGAGGUGGAGCUGAUCAACAUCGAGAGGAGAUCUGAACUUUGAUGAAGGAUGGCGCCUUAUGGAGGAGCUAUCAUCUUUUGGGGGUCCAUUGACGCUGACCUGGCCUGACAUUAAGGAUGUGAAUCUUCCUGCAGAGCCAUUACUUUGCUUUAUGUGUUCUACUUUAUUGGAUAAAAAAAAAAUCACACAAUUCCCAUGAAUUUUACAUUCAAUGGGUCUGUCAUUAGCAGGUAUAUUUAGAUGUGUUCUUUUUAAUUAAAAUAAUUUUCUACAGAUUACUGUAUGCCAAAUGUUUUUUCUAUAUGUUUGAAUAAUGAUCAUAAAAACUACAUUUGGAAAAAACUUAUUUGUGUAUGUGUUUGAAAUACAUUUUAAGUAACCCUUUGUAAGUAGUACAUCAACUUACUGUGAUGUAGCUCUUAAUUCAAAACGCUUGUUGCCCGUUCAAAUACAUUGAUAGCACUUUCAACUGGUACUUGCCCCCCAAAAAACAGCACCAUAUUAACAUGUAUCAUGCCUUUUUAAAAAGAAAAACAUUGUCGGUAAGAAAUAUUGUACUCGAAACAAUACUAAGAACUACAGUAGUUUUAUGAAAUAAUGUGAUACUCGGAGAGUAUCACAUUGUCCUUCCAGCUGCUUCUCUAUCAACCCAUCAGCAGCUAUUCUAUAUUUUCAUGGAUAAAUGUCCGUCCUAUUAUUCACUGUGUUAAAAAUAAUCGGGGCGGUAUAGCUCGGUUGGUAGAGUGGCCGUGCCAGCAACUUGAGGGUUCCAGGUUCGAUCCCCACUUCCGCCAUCCUAGUCACUGCCGUUGUGUCCUUGGGCAAGACACUUUACCCACCUGCUCUCAGUGCCACCCACACUGGUUUAAAAUGUAACUUAGAUAUUGGGUUUCACUAUGUAAACAGCGCUUUGAGUCACUGGAGAAAAGCGCUAUAUAAAUAUAAUUCACUUCACAUGGACAUACAUGUGCUAUGCAAACGAAUGGUGUAACUCAAAAUUUUGCUUGCAACUUUAUUAGCUAUACGACAGUUCCUAUCGUAAAACCCUUAAUUUGGGGCACUUUUAAGAAGAGGUAUCAUUGAAUUAUGUAUCGAGGAAUUGUCUGUAUAUUGGAUGUCUACGUGGGCUGUACAAACAUAAAAUCAAUUCACACUGA